AAAAAACAUAACCUCAGCACUCUGCUGCUACAUCGCGUCAACUCUGUUCCAAACCCUAAAAGCAAUGCCUCCUAAAGCAUCUAAAUCCAAGGAAGCACCAGCCGAGAGGCCGAUCCUUGGGCGAUUCUCUUCUCACCUCAAGAUCGGAAUCGUGGGAUUGCCUAAUGUGGGAAAAUCUACUCUUUUCAACACGCUUACUAAACUUUCUAUUCCUGCCGAGAACUUCCCCUUUUGUACAAUCGAGCCUAAUGAAGCCCGAGUUAAUGUCCCCGACGAGCGAUUCGAAUGGCUUUGCCAAUUGUUCAAACCCAAAAGUGAGGUUUCAGCUUUCUUAGAAAUUCAUGAUAUUGCCGGACUGGUUAGAGGUGCCCAUGAAGGCCAAGGAUUGGGCAACAACUUCUUGUCUCACAUCCGUGCAGUUGAUGGCAUUUUUCAUGUUUUACGUGCAUUUGAAGAUUCAGAUAUCAUCCAUGUUGACGAUUCUGUUGAUCCUGUAAGAGAUUUAGAGACUAUUAGUGCUGAGUUACGGUUAAAGGAUGUUGAAUUUAUGGAAAGGAAGAUGGAAGAUCUUGAGAAGAGCAUGAAGAGGAGUAAUGACAAGCAAUUAAAAAUAGAGCUUGAAGUGUGUCAAAGGGUUAAGGCAUGGAUUGAAGAUGGAAAAGAUGUUCGUCUAGGGGACUGGAAAGCGGCUGAUGUUGAGAUAUUGAAUACUUUUCAAUUGCUUAGUGCCAAGCCAGUUGUUUAUUUGGUUAACAUGACUGAGAAAGAUUACCAAAGGAAAAAGAACAAGUUCUUACCGAAGAUUCAUGCUUGGGUUCAAGAACAUGGCAGUGAACCUAUCAUUCCUUUUAGUGGUGUGUUUGAGAGAAACCUUACUGAUAUGGAACCUGCAGAAGCUGCAAAAUAUUGCGAGGAAAACAAGGUGCAAAGUGCGCUUCCAAAGAUCAUCAAGACUGGUUUCUCGGCUAUUAAUCUCAUAUAUUUCUUCACAGCUGGACCAGAUGAGGUGAAAUGCUGGCAAAUUAGACGGCAAUCCAAGGCUCCUCAAGGUGCAGGAGCCAUUCAUACUGAUUUUGAGAGAGGAUUUAUAUGUGCUGAGGUCAUGAAAUUUGAAGAUCUGAAGGAGCUUGGAAGUGAGGCAGCUGUUAAGGCUGCGGGAAAAUAUAGGCAGGAAGGGAAAACUUAUGUGAUCCAAGAUGGAGACGUAAUAUUUUUCAAGUUCAAUGUUUCUGGAGGUGGGAAGAAGUGAAGCAAUGUCCUCAAGCGGGAUGCAGCGCUUGGAUCACACUUGUGUCCUCGGAAAAGGUCAAAUCCAUAUGCAUUUCGACCCAAUUUGUUUCUUUGCUAAAUAUCACUCAACACCCCCAAGAGCCAAGAGAGUGAUAUUUAGGUAUGCAUCCGUUUGUUGUGUUGAUGUAUGAGCUUUAUUUGCGGAAUCAUAUAUAUUUAUGCACAUGUUGGAGGAGGAUGGAUUAUAUAUAUCAUUUGCACCGCA